AUUAUAGCGUUUGAUGAACUGAAGACUGAUUACAAGAAUCCCAUAGACCAAUGUAAUACACUCAAUCCUACAGUUGAAAAGGUCAAAAAGAUUAAAAGAGUCAAAAUUGCAUUAAAGCUUGUACUUCCAGAGUACCUCAUCCAUGCAUUCUUCUGUGUUAUGUUUCUCUGUGCAGCAGAGUGGCUUACGCUGGGUCUCAAUAUGCCUUUGUUGGCUUAUCAUAUUUGGAGGUACAUGAGUAGACCUGUGAUGAGUGGCCCUGGUCUGUAUGAUCCUACAACCAUCAUGAAUGCAGAUAUUUUAGCCUAUUGCCAGAAAGAAGGAUGGUGCAAAUUAGCAUUCUACCUUCUAUCAUUUUUUUACUACCUAUACGGCAUGAUUUAUGUUCUGGUGAGCUCUUAAGAACACAUUCGGCAAGCUUUGUUCCAGUUAAGUGCAUGCAAAAGCCACAAAACAUGGAUUCUUUCCAACGAGAACCUCUUACCAAGAUUAUGUAUGGAAUCUGAUGAUCAUGUUUGCGUUAGAAAACAAUGACUCCCCUCUUUUUAAAAUAUUUCCACAUUUUAUACUUGUGGAAAGACUGUUUUCUUAUAUUUUACUGGGACGCUGAAAUUAAAGAAUUACAGGUAAAUUAAUAUAAAGAUUACCGGGGUUUGAAAAGUUUUGACUUUGCACUCCAUAAGGAACAGCCAUAAUCUUCCAGUAGGUAUUCGUUACUGACUAGCCUUAGGACACUAGGGAUUUGCUUUAGGCUGGGCUUCGUAGUGGCUCACUUGGACUUGCGUAUCCCACUCCAACUGCAGAUCGGCUGUAGCUGCUUGGGAAGGACUGGAGGUGCUGUGGGUUUUACCUGUAGGCGACGCCGGUCUUAAGAGAUGAAUUGAUGGGCA